GGCUCUCUCUCCAGUUGCCUCAGGACCGCGACUACAACUCCCAGGAGGCUGCGCGGCGUACGGAGCAGCGUCCUUCCCAGAAUGCAGCACAGUGGCGUCUCCAUUCCUCCUUCUCCUUUCUCCGCUCCUCCUACUUUUCUACCCAGCGUCAGCCGGGAGGGCAGGAGGGGGCUGAGUUCGGGUGGCAGCGCCGGGCAGAGCGCAGGGGUCACGGCGACGGCGACGACGGCGGCGGCGGCUGACGGCUGGAAGGGCAGGCUUCCUUCGCCACUCGUCCUCCUUCCCCGGUCCGCUCGGUGUCAGGCGCGGCGGCGGCGGCGGCGCGGCGGGCGCACUUCGUACCUCCUCCAGCUCCCUCCUGCUCCCGAGUGGGCACUCCUUCCUUCGCCAUCCUCCGACCCUUCACCCCGGGGACUGGGCGCCUCCGCCGGCUCAGCUCAGGGAGCGGGGGCCGGUCUCCUGCUCGUCUGUCGCGCCUCCAUGUCGGAUAACCAGAGCUGGAACUCGUCGGGCUCGGAGGAGGAUCCGGAGACGGAGUCCGGGCCGCCUGUGGAGCGCUGCGGGGUCCUCAGCAAGUGGACAAACUACAUUCAUGGGUGGCAGGACCGUUGGGUAGUUUUGAAAAAUAAUACUCUGAGUUACUACAAAUCUGAAGAUGAGACAGAGUAUGGCUGUAGAGGAUCCAUCUGUCUUAGCAAGGCUGUCAUCACGCCUCAUGAUUUUGAUGAAUGUCGCUUUGAUAUUAGUGUAAAUGAUAGUGUUUGGUAUCUUCGUGCUCAGGAUCCAGAUCACAGACAUCAGUGGAUAGAUGCCAUUGAACAGCACAAGACUGAGUCUGGAUAUGGAUCUGAAUCCAGCUUGCGUCGACAUGGCUCAAUGGUGUCACUGGUGUCUGGAGCAAGUGGCUAUUCUGCAACAUCCACCUCUUCAUUCAAGAAGGGCCACAGUUUACGUGAGAAAUUGGCUGAAAUGGAAACCUUUAGAGAUAUCCUAUGCAGACAAGUCGAUACUCUACAGAAGUACUUUGAUGCCUGUGCUGAUGCUGUCUCCAAGGAUGAACUUCAAAGGGAUAAAGUGGUAGAAGAUGAUGAAGAUGACUUUCCUACAACACGUUCUGAUGGAGACUUCUUGCAUAAUACCAAUGGCAAUAAAGAAAAGGUAUUUCCACAUGUAACACCAAAAGGAAUUAAUGGUAUAGACUUUAAAGGGGAGGCGAUAACUUUUAAAGCAACUACUGCUGGAAUCCUUGCUACACUUUCUCAUUGUAUUGAACUAAUGGUAAAACGUGAGGACAGCUGGCAAAAGAGACUGGAUAAGGAAAGUGAGAAGAGAAGAAGAAUAGAGGAAGCAUACAAAAAUGCCAUGACAGAACUUAAGAAAAAAUCUCACUUUGGAGGACCAGAUUAUGAGGAAGGCCCAAACAGUUUGAUUAAUGAGGAAGAAUUCUUUGAUGCUGUUGAAGCUGCUCUUGACAGACAAGAUAAAAUAGAAGAACAGUCACAGAGUGAAAAGGUCAGGUUACAUUGGCCUACAUCAAUGCCAUCUGGAGAUGCCUUUUCUUCUGUGGGGACUCAUAGAUUUGUCCAAAAGCCCUAUAGUCGCUCUUCCUCCAUGUCUUCCAUUGAUCUAGUCAGUGCCUCUGACGAUGUUCACAGAUUCAGCUCCCAGGUUGAAGAGAUGGUGCAGAACCACAUGACUUACUCAUUACAGGAUGUGGGUGGAGAUGCCAAUUGGCAGUUGGUUGUAGAAGAAGGAGAAAUGAAGGUAUACAGAAGAGAAGUAGAAGAAAACGGGAUUGUUCUGGAUCCUUUGAAAGCUACCCACGCAGUUAAAGGUGUUACAGGACAUGAGGUCUGCAAUUACUUCUGGAAUGUUGAUGUUCGCAAUGAUUGGGAAACAACUAUAGAAAACUUUCAUGUGGUGGAAACAUUAGCUGAUAAUGCAAUCAUCAUUUAUCAAACGCACAAGAGAGUGUGGCCUGCUUCUCAGCGGGAUGUAUUAUAUCUUUCUGCCAUUCGAAAGAUACCAGCCUUGACUGAAAAUGACCCGGAAACUUGGAUAGUUUGUAAUUUUUCUGUGGAUCACAACAGUGCUCCUCUAAACAAUCGAUGUGUCCGUGCCAAAAUAAAUAUUGCUAUGAUUUGUCAAACCUUGGUAAGCCCGCCAGAGGGAAACCAGGAGAUUAGCAGGGACAACAUUCUAUGCAAGAUUACAUAUGUAGCUAAUGUAAACCCUGGAGGAUGGGCACCAGCCUCAGUGUUAAGGGCAGUGGCAAAGCGAGAGUAUCCGAAGUUUCUAAAACGUUUUACUUCUUACGUACAAGAAAAAACUGCAGGAAAACCUAUUUUGUUCUAGUAUUAACAGUGACUGAAACAAGGCUGUGUGACAUUCCAUGUUGGAGGAAAAAAAUUAAAAAACAAAAUUGAAUGCUCUAAGCUGGAACAUAGGAUCUAUAGCCUUGUCUAUGGCCCAACACCUUGGCCUUGUGUAUAAAAAUGAAGAAAUACUGCAGUAGCAAAGCUGAACAUCUUAACACUAGCUGUCUUCUGCUAGAUCUCCUCGCUCAGCAUAUAACUAUAAAUACAUGUAAAAUUACAUGUAUAUGGCUAUAUUUUUAUUUGCUUGCUCCUAGAAGAGAAAAAAAAAAUCAACUUUGAAUCACAACUAGGAAUCGAUGCUUUAAUUUUUGGAAACUUUUUCAGAAUUUUUAAUUUACUAUGGUUUGGCCUAAGAUCCUCAGUUGUACCAGGCUUUGUGCACAAGAGAAAAGCACAAAAGUUGGACGCACAUGGGGCAUGUGCUUUCUGUGCACCAAAUUUCUGGAUGGGGUUCUUUUUUUAGGCCUACAGUCAAAUCUGUGUCCAGAAUUUUUUGACUUUUUUGCUUUGUAUAAUCAUAGAAUUCAUUGCUGCUGAUUUCUAUAAUAAUUCAUGUUGUCAUGUAAAGUGUCUCUUAAUAACUGAGGGCUGUCAAUAACCUGUGAUUUCGCCUUUUCUAUAGUCUUACUCCCAUGAAGAACUUGGUUCUGAUGGAGAAAGAGUGAAAAGCUUUAUUUUUUUCUCCAGAUAUCUUUAUAUUUCUAUUGUAUUUUUAGUUGUGUACUGUGUGCUACAGAUUUUUUUCAGUUUGUUACAAACACAAUUUGAUAAUUUCUAAAUUGGUUCUGCCUGCCUCCAAACAGAAACAUCUGUACAACCUUAUAGGCAUAAACUACUUUCUGGUAAAACGGUCAGAAUAAAAUGAGCUCAUGUUUUCCUGAAAUUUGUGAGAGGAUAUACGGUAUUACAUGUUCCAGCAAAUCUCACUGUUUGAGUUUGGCAUUUGAUUCUGUAUUUCUAGUAUUCAGUAACACGUGUUUGUUCUUCUAAUUUGGGUCAGUUUAAAAGAUACGUUGCAAGAUAUGCAUAGAAAAUGUGGGCACCGCUCCUGUUUGCCUCUUGAUCAGAAACUUCAACAGGGCAGUAAAGAAGUCCAUGUGAUUCAAACUGAAAUUCUUUCUUUAGUUGCUGUAAGAAGUUAAAUGUAAAAUACCUUUUUAG